AUGUCCGAGCCAAAUACAAGCAUCACACCCCUGCAAGAGUUUAAAGGUCAUGAAGGACCCGGACGCGUAGACAAUGUCGCAGUUUUCCCUGACAACCGACGAAUGGUUACAGCCUCGCAGUACGACCCCACGCUUCGUAUAUGGGACUUGGAGAAAGGUGUUGUGUUGAAGGAGAUGGAGCAAUGGCAUAACGCUUCGGUGUCGGCAAUGGCAAUAUCACGAGAUGGACAAUUGAUAGCAAGCGGUGACCGGCACGGAAUGGUCGCCGUCUGGCACGGAGAGACAGGUGAACGACUUCCUAGAAACCUCGGAAAGUUGGUCGAGUACCGCCUGGGCAACCACCCUGGUCAGAUCUCAUCGCUGGACUUUUCUCCUAAUGGAAAAGUGCUGGUCACAGCUGGUUCAAGAGACAACAAGUUGAAGCUGUUGUCCACUAAAACCUGGACGCUGCUAGAAACAAUCUAUUGCGAUCGUGACGUCGACCAUGUUCGGUAUUCACCGUUUGGAGAACUUCUUGCCAUCGCAUCCGCAACAGAAUUGGCAAGCGGGAUCCAAAUAUAUAAUUUAAGCACAACGGCAAAGUUCCAGUUGCCAAAUUCCAAAGAUGGUUACAUAAGGCACAUAGCGUGGACGCCCGAUGGCACGCGCCUUCUUGCAGCACGCUGGAUAGUACAUACUAGAAAUGCAGAUACCAUACUGGAAUGGGAUACAUUGACCUGGCAGCGGGUCGGUGAUCCCUGGACGUCCUGGACGACGGGCCACACUCACCAUGGCAUUGCUUUCGCCGUUGAUCCUAAUAGCAAACUCGUUGCUUCCGGUGCAACUGACAGCAUCCGUCUCUGGCGGCUGUCAGAUCGACAACCCGUUGCCAUCUUCCAGCAAUCAUCGGCAUCCCUCACUUUCUCCACGGACGGCAAAUACAUCCUCAGUGGAAGUUAUUACACUGAUAAUAAUUCGGUCACAAAGUGGGCAGUAGACCCCGACGCUUUGCAAGAGGAAGGUGCUUCUUACAUAAAUGAGACCAUUUUGUUGUUAUUCUUGAUUUUUCUCUCUCUGUUUUCGUUUGGCUACUCUCCGGUUCAUUUUCUGCCCAUUCGUCGUCUCAUCUCGUGCAACGGCGCUUUGCCAAGGGACCCUCCAGACAAUAAGGCGAUAAAUGACUUCCUGGUUACAAGGCGCGUUUCUAUCUUUGACUCUGCCAACGCAAUUCGAGCAUUCUUCAUACCCCAGAUCCUUUCCAUUAACACGAUCGCCCACAAUGCAUGCAUCGCGGGGGAUUUGUCUACCGCUGAACAACUGUUUACACAAGAGAUCGACACUGAUGUCAUCAACUAUGCCUCGUAUGCCAACCGUUCAUUUGUUAUGGCACGAAAACGAGAUUGGGACCAUGCGCUCCAGGAUGCAAACAAGUCCAUUAGCAUUCGACCCUCCUUGACAGGGUAUAUCUCCAAGGGCAUCGCCCUAUACGGAAAAGGCCACAUCCGGGACGCGAGAACAGCAUUUGACCUCGCGUCCACAUUCGCGAAUGAAGAUUCAAAGAUUAUGCUUCUCUUGAUCAAGGCAACAUCAAUCUUUCGCUCACCCAAUCCAUAUUUCAACUCGUUUCUUUUAGGCUAUCGCCGUUUUCUACCAGGACGAAAACGAGGAAUCAGUCAUAUUUGUGCCGUCGUGGAAGCAUAUCUGCGUGUUCAACUCGGUAUCAAUGCCACGAAUGACGCCCGUCACAACCAGGCUGCUGAGCACUUCACUGCUGCUGUCAAGUCUAGCGCUCUCUCAUCUACAUCGACUAUUCAUCCGGUAUGCGAGGACUUUGUAGUGCUCUUCGGAUGGGACCUGAAGUCCUUGUGGAAAAAUGCACACCAGAAACGAUGCGUUGCGCUCCGUCAGGCAGGCAGGCUUGCCGAGGCCUUGAAUUCAUACCGAGACAUGAUGGAUAGUAUUGACAAUGAUACGAUGGCCGGCUGCCUUGACUGGUCCAAUGGCAAGUCUGGAGUUCAUCAUGUCAUGAAGGCCAUAGUCCUCACAUCUCAUCUAGCUUUUAAAGAAGAAUGCAGCGCGCUCUGCCUUGAUAACGGACGUGCUGCCCUCGCUGCAGAUGAUUACGACAGUGCUAUUAACCUAUACUCAGCGGUGAUCAACGUAAAUUCAACAACCGAUGCCAUAUUCGCGAAUCGUAGUAGGGCAAAGUUGGGGAAAAUGCUAUGGAUCGAAGCACUUCUCGAUGCGGAGAAGGUCAUCCAACUGAACCCUUCGUCUCAUGUUGGAUACAAGUUGAAGCUUGCGGCGCUUCAAGGUGCACAUCGCUAUGAUGAAGCUAUCGCGGCCUUCCGAAUGAUGUUCGCCAAAUUGGAAAGUGCUCACGACGUGGUCAUGCAAGAUCUUCGCAAGCAGUAUGCUAGUCCAUAUGAAUCAGACGGUGUUAUCCGAAGGACCAUUGACCAACAACUCGAGAACGCCCCGCUUCGUCUACUCAACACUGCCACCGGGCUCUCAUGUGACCGUGAAGCACAGAUAAGCGCCUUCAAAACGAGCGCAGAACACAAUGAGCUUUGGCUAUCAUGGUCUAUGAAGCGCGCAGACAUCCGAAUGGAACACAUCACAGAAGCGGUGGCGACUUACUUCCGUUAUGUCAUGUUAUCCCAUAGAUGGCAAAGGAAGGAGCCGCUGCUGCAAGACAUCCAGGGCAAGAGUGUAUACAAGCUGAAUUUGCCUGGUGGCAUCGCGAAGUUGCAGAACUUCUGUGAAAUUGCUCGUGAUUUCGGUUACCGCUGGGCAUGGAGCGAUACAUGCUGUAUUGACAAGAGCAGUAACGUCGAGUUGCAACAAUCGCUCAACUCCAUGUUCAUCUGGUACCAACAUUCAGCGCUUACAAUUGUCUACCUCUGGGAUGUUCUGCCUUCAUCCAAGUCUGGUGCUCUGGAGAUGAGUGAGUGGAACAGACGAGGAUGGACCUUUCAAGAAUUCCUUGCUUCCAGAGUCGUUAUCUUUUAUCAGAGGGAUUGGACCCCGUAUCUCAACGAUCGCUCUCCCAACCACAAAAAGUCGACUGCAAUAAUGAAGGAGUUGGAAGUUGCGACUGGCAUCGAUCGACAGGCCCUCGUCAACUUUUCCCCAGGGAUGAACGGCGCACGAGAGAGACUUCAAUGGGCAUCAAAUCGUGUUACAACGGUUCAAGAAGACAUCGCAUACUCGUUGUUUGGCGUCUUCGACGUCCGUCUGCCUGUGGAUUAUGGCGAGAAGAAGGCAAAUGCGCUCGGGCGUCUCCUGCAGGAGAUUGUUGCUCGGUCUGGUGACAUUACUGCCCUCGAUUGGGUCGGACAAUCAUCCGAGUUCAAUAGCUGUCUUCCUGCCGACAUUACUUCAUAUGCUGCCCCACCAUGCGCCCUACCAUCUUUGUCUGAAGAUGAGAUCCAGACAGAGGUCUCUUCGCUGCGAAAAAAUAGCGUGGCUGUGGAUUCGGCCUUGAAACUCUAUGCCCUGUUGAAGUGCAUGAGCAUUCCUCGCUUCGCGAGCCGCAGACUGCAUUUGCCUUGCAUCUCAUUCCGUGUCACGGAAAUCAGACAGGGAUGUGGUCUAGCCCAAGAGACGCAUUUCAUGUACAGAGUCAAAGCAGAUGGGCUUCAAGAUUUGCUGAUAACCACUGGCGAGACACUGCUUCAAUUCUCGCGGGCAAAGCCGACUCGACAAACGUUCUUUCUUGUCCGUCCAUGGGACCGUCAUCUCCUCGAGCGGCUUGACUUUGCAGACGAUACAAGGAGUGUAGGGGAAUUGUCCGAGCCCAGGUCUCAGUCAGACGGCUCUGAUGAGUUUCCCGACGAUCCGCCUGUAGAAGAGGAGCAUCAAUCACGAGCGUUGCGAAUGAUGGUCCAUCUUGGUCAGCCUUUCAGCGCAUUUUUGCUAGCGCAGCAGCGUGUCGGAGAAUACAAGAGAAUCGCGUCAGACUAUAACAUCAUUGCACAAGUCAAAGAGAUAGCUUCUGUUGACAACAUGGACGUCGGUUCCAUAGAAAUACUAUGA